AUGAAUCCCGCCCUCUACCUCCCCAGAUCCGUCUCCUCGUCCUUCGCCCGCUCCGCAUUCCCCAGAGCUCCCUCUCCCCUGGAGCCCCGAUGUUUGCUGAGGCCAUUUUCUUCCUCCCGAAAUCAACAUGCGGGGAUGCAAGGGGGUGUUCAGGCCAUAAAGCCUCGCAUUCCACCGCAGAUGAGCAUGAAAAACCGUGUCAAGCAGAGUAUGAGCGGAGCUAGCCGGGAGAUGCUGCCAGACGAUGUAGGACUAUUACCAGGCACAUUCAUUAGGCCUGUGUGGCGGAAUAUGCCUUCGAUAUUCAAAGAUCCCAAACUGAGAUUAAGAAUGGAGUGGAUGACGUUGAAGAUGAAGGUUAUGAAUUUUAUCAGCAUAUUAUCUUUUUGUAAAUUUGUAAAUAAAGGUCUCCCGCUGAGACUACGAGAACGAAAGCGUCGAGCGCUCGAUCUACAUAAACAGAUGUACACCGCCUUUGCAAAUGGUGACGUCGGUCUUCUUAAACAAAUUUGCUGUCAGGGCAUUCAUCAAAACUUCGCAGCCCGCAUUUCUCGCCGUCCACGUACCACCCCCCGCCUUCUUUGGACUCUUCAUUCCUACAAAAAGUUUCCCUUUGCACCCACCUUUUCCGGCGCUCAAGUUGUUUCGGACCGUGGUGCUGCACUUCCCGAGGCUAAAGGCUUUGGUAUUCGACAGGCUGUGAUCAGAAUACAGAGCAAACAGUCGUUGGUGACACCGGGCACUGGGGAGGAACAGAACGUUGAGAAGCAGCAGGAUUGUACAGAGUAUAUUGUGCUGCAAAGAUUUAUGGUCAAUGGGGAAGACGGCGACUGGAAAGUGUGGGGUUUGGCGGAAGAGACAACACCGGAAGAUUUAGAGACAGAUCCUAUGUUUGCGCAAGGGUUGUCGAUGAAGGACCGGAUUGAGAUGUUGACUAUGAAGUUUAAGUAG